CCGGAUCAAAGCAUGAAUGGGCGAUCGCCUAACAGCCAGCUUGAACAAAAGGGCGACUUCCCUUCAGGUCUGAACCGUCAGAAACGGAGCGAACAAGAGAGGGUUGAAAAGCUUAAACAGGAGACUUCCGAGAUGGACGUGAACCAGAUCGGGAGUGGAAGUAGAAAAGUCAUUUUCGUUGUUGUCAUUCACAAGUCCCGGCUACAGCUGUCCACCAUGCCCAUGGCCAUUGGGAUCUCAGGAGAGGCUGAUCCCUUCCCCAGCCCCAACCAGUGGACACUACUGGAGCAGCUGCUCAGAGGGAUGCCGGAGGGUCCUUCAGGUGCCCGGAAAGUGCUGCUGAGGGCGCCGGGGACAACAGUCGCUGCUGCCGCCGCUCCGUCUCUGCCACAGAUGUCUCGGGAAUCACGGUGGCCGAGCCACCCCACCGCCUUGGUCAUCCCCAAGGCCCGGGAAGGGCGAGCGCAGCGUGCCGCGUACCUGCUGCUGGCUCUGUGCGCCGCAGCGCUGUACCUCGCUGGGGAGUCCCUCGUGCCCACUGCCCGCAGCCUCACCUUCCACUUCGUGGCCCUGCAGAUCGGGGUGCUGCUCAAGGGCACCUGCUACCUGGCAGAGGAGAUCUUCCACCUCCAGUCCAGCCUGUGCCAGCUCCUCAACCUCGCUCUGGGGCUCCACAAGCCCUCAGCUGUGGAAAUGUCUGAGAUGUCUGAGAGGUCCAAGCAGAAUGUCGCUCAUGGGCUUGCCUGGUCUUAUUACAUCGGGUACCUAAAAAUAGUCCUGCCAUGGUUGAAAAAGUCGAUGGAGGAGUUCAGCAGAGCCAACCCCAAUGUGCUGCCCUGCAGGGAGACCUGGAAGCUCCACAUCUUGGUCCCUCUGAGCUGUGAUGUCUAUGAUGACCUGGAGAAAGCUGACAGCAAUAUCCAGUACCUGACAGACCUCACCGAAACCACCCUGACCCGAGCUGGCACCAAAAAAAGGGUCUACAAACACAGCCUCUAUGCAAUCAGGGAUGAAGACAAUAAGCUCUGGCACUGCGCCGUGGAGUAUGCCACCCCGCUGCAGUCCCUCUACGCCAUGUCCCAGGACGAGUGUGCUGCCUUCAGCCGGGAGGACCGCCUGGAGCAGGCCAAGCUUUUCUACAGGACCUUGGAGGAGAUCCUGAAAGGCUCCAAGGAGUGUGCGGGUUCCUACCGUCUCAUCGCAUACGAGGAGUCAGGAGAAGCAGAGACCCACUUCUUGUCCAGAGAGAUCCUCUGGCACCUCCAGCAGCAGCGUCACGAGGAGUACGCCAUCUGCGAGGGGAACCACCUGCACCACCCAUCCACGACCCUCAACUCGACAGAGCUCAACCUCCAGAUAAGUGAGUCGGACCUGCCGCAGCCUCUGCGAAGUGACUGCAUCUGA